AAAAGCAUACCGAAUCUUGCCGCGAAUGUGUUUAUGCAUUCCGAUAGCACUUUUUUGUCGUGAACUCUCACUGACUCGGCCACCCGAUCCGGCACACAGUAGCAACGCAAAUCUGGUGUGUGGCAAUUCGUAUUCCACCUGAUCAACAUGAUUCUCAAGAUUUCUUCUGCGAAUGUUCUGGUUUUUGUCAUCAUCUGGCUGUGCGCUGCGCGCAGUUGUUGUAUUGAGAGCCUGGAGGUGGCGACAUCGGCUGUGGAUUCAGCAGCUGCUAUCCACAGCGGCGACAAUGGCAGCGACGCAGCUUUCAUGGUCCCAAACCCAGUCGCAAUGACCAACGCUCAACACCAACGAAUGCAGCUUCUUGGUCUUCUGAACAAGUCGAGAAGAAGUAGCCCCGCCAAGAAGAAAACGGUGGCGAGACGCCGCACAAAGGAGAAGAAUGUGGCCGCGGGGCUAUUGCUGCUGACAGUCAUCUUCGGGAUACUAUUGGCUUUUGUCAAGCUACAGCACUGCCGACAAAAACUGCUAAAAAGCGCCAGCGGCGCAACCGAAGGAAACACAACCCGGAGGCUUGCAGAAGACAAUUGUGUAAGGUUGGACCCCGCACGAUAUUUAUACCUGUAG